UUUUGGUGUCGUGGGGGUUCUGGAGUCGACCCCGCGUUACACUGGUCCCAUUUCCCAAUCCGGUGCCUCCACAUCAACGCUUUUCCGGAAAGAAGCUCGAUUCUUCUUUGUGAUCGGCACAAUUGUACAUACAUUGUCUCAUCAAACGGUGUAGACGGGUGGACUGGGCUUCCUUCUCCGCGCCUACCAGACACUUUAGCCGUACCACGUUGUGCAAAGGCACCGCGGACUCGUCAAAAGCAUGGAACCCUCGAAAGAGACCAUUGAUGGCAGCGUCACGGAAUACACCGGGGUACUCGCGUCGAAACUGCAAGACCUUGCGGUAGCUCCACGUUCCGGAUCGACGACUCCCGUCCCGAACAGUCACUCGAACAGCAGUACCAUCGCACGAUGGCCUCAAUCUCCUCCCACAGGAAGCACACCGGCGGUGGGUCUUUUGCACGGUGGCAACAGUAGUAGCAGUACUGCGGCCACUACUGCUGCUGCCGGUAGCAGUGGACACUGUCACCCGACUCCACGAGGCCCAACGCCCACUACACCGUCCGGGGCGAGUGAAUCUUCCACGACUUCGUCGCAACGCGAAUUCGGCGUGUCUCCGGCAGCGUCCCAUACUUCAGUGGGGAGUGUGGGACCCACGCUUUCCGCUACGCUCCUACCUCGCCAUUUCGACUUGACUCCGGUAAUGUGCAACACCACCCAAGGCAGCGACGUGUACGUGGAUGAUCCUCCUCCUCCUCAUCGUCAUCUCCACCAACAACAACAUCGUCACGGCAGUCGCCACGAAUUGUAUUCGAUCGUGACGCCGGAGAAUACCAGCGAGAGUGACUUAUUGUACGGCGAAGACUUGGCCUUACCAACCGACUGGUUCGUGGCGGACACCGGCCCGGCGAUGCCACCGUUCCGCUCGCUCGAUCGAGCGCACAGUCUGGGUGGACUGGAUCCCGCCGCCCUUCGCGCUGCUCACGCCGCCGCGUACGAAGAUCGCACCGCGGACGAGGGGAUCCCCGGUGACGAACGUUACGACGGCGAAACAGAAGGAUGUCCCGCACCGGCACACCUGACGAGACAGUCCUAUUCCUUUACUAGUCGACAGCAGUACGAAGAAGAGCGACGGCAAGGGGAGCAGCCGGAAUCGAGUCAACCGGUUUCGUUGACCCCGUAUCAACCUAGUCGCGAAGCGGAUUUGGAUGGAGUCGGGAGCAUUCCGGAAGAAGAAUUGAGUCGGAUAUUCCUACCGCGACGUACAGCGGAUACCGGUACCACGAUGGAUCCACUACACCGUCUACACAAUCCCAUUCCUUUGGACGAUCGGCAGUACAGUAUCCCCAGCAUUCACUUGGCCAACCACCUGCACUGCUCCACCACUUCGCUUACCGAAGAUGAGGAUUCCCUAGGCUUGGAUGACGAAGCCAGUCUCAGCAGUCGAGCGUCCAGUUUGUACCUUCCGGAGUAUAUUGGGUCCAGUGAGGGUGAAGUAUUGGAAGGUACUUCGCUGUUGCAUUUGCCGCGGAUGGGUGUGAAUCUGGCCCCGCAGCAAUGCGAUUUACUGUUCGAGGCCCGCCCCGGCAGUGACGAUUGGCAAGCGUCCGACGAUGAGGAGGAUAACGAGGAAGAGGUGGAAGGGGACGACGAGGACGUGGGCCACGAGCAACGGGAACACGUGUCCGUUGCGGUGACGUCGGGUGCGGUAAUGGCAGACCAAACCCGCGUGUGGCGCAAACGCUUACGCCGUCAAGAACGGGCUCUGCAGUGGUUGCAGUCCGUGGAAGCCGACCAGUCGUGUGUGGCCGAGGCCGCUUCGAGCAAAUUUCUCAAUACCAAUACGGCAGUCUCGCGAGCUCCCAACGCUGUCCGCGUGGCUGCUCGACCGUUGUUACGACAAGCGUCGUCACCUCCGAAUUCUUCCUCCGCGGAGCCAGUAUUGUCCGUUCCCACAAGGAGCGCUCCCGUGUCCACCGGCGACGGUCCGUAACAGUCGGCGCCCCGUUCGACGGGUACGGCACGCCGGGGAUACUUGGACGCGCGAUUAUUGGAAACGCGACACUACAACGAGUUUACGCUCGUUCUCGCUAUGAAACUCGUCUGAUUUGGUGGUUUUUAUUGAUUGUCUGAAAGACGUAGUUCGGUUUAUAAUCUAGAGAAAAAGAAAUACAUCGU